CUUGCUUUGGGGAGUUGUGUGGGAAAAGACAACUCAAGUCGGUUUCACAUGAGUGUUUAACGUCAAUCGCGCGGAGAAUUGUGGGAUACGCGCUGUUUAACGGAAGCUGGGCUGCUGGGUCGUGGCGGUGCCGCCAGGGGGCGCUGCGACAUUAAUCCCCCACCUCUCGCUGCGGGGUGUCUCUUGCCGAAGCCGACGUGCUGCGCUGCUGUAGUGAACAGUAGUGGUAAGGAUAAGCGGUGUCGGCAGUACCUUUCCGAUUGAAGGCUGCCGCAAUGUCUUCAUGGGUGAAGGUUACGCGAGGCCGGAUGCCCAAGCCCGUGCCCAAUGGAGGGAGCCGGAAUGGACCAGGAAGGAUUCCUUUCCUCCUAAAUAGCAUCAAGCCCUACAGGCCAUUCAGGCAGACCCCAUACCCAGUGAGAAAGGAGAGGAAGGAAGGCUAUGGUGAGGAGUAUGAGGACAUGCAAAGCUUUGAAGAACUGCUGGAGCAACAGCACGACUAUUCGUCCGCGACCGAAGACUCUUAUGAAAGAUAUCAGUAUUCCCAGAACGCUUCCAAGAAUUACACCCAGGCUGACAAGCGCAGCUCCUUGUAUCAGCAGUUCUACAAGCAGAUCCAGGAGGAGUACGACAAGCAGCGGCCUGCGGACUGCGUGGUCCUGUCCGUCACGAAGCAGCAAACGGAUUAUGCAAAAUCGAUAGGCCACUGUUUGCAGGACCGCGGCCUUGUGGUGGAAAUGAUUUACCUGCAGUCUGAAUCGGGGCUCACCCGCGCCCUGCAAGACGUCCGCAGUGACGGUUCCGCAUUUUGUAUUCUCAUCGAGCAGACAAACGUAGCUCUUUCCUCUUGCACCGUAAUCAUUUUUUAUGAGUCUCUCAAAAUUCACCGCAACAUGCCGUCGGACCGCGCCAUGGAAUUCGUGACGGCGGAGUUCGGGCGCGUGCACGCGGAGCGGCAGGAGAAGGAGAGGGAGGAGAUUGCGGUGAAGGCGGCCGACCUGGCCGACGACUACCUGGAGAGGGAGAAGUGCGACAAGCACGCCGUUCCGCUGAGCACGCGGCACCUGCUCUUCCUGCUGGGCGAGGGCAAGCACCUGUACGGCGAGGAGCUGAGCACCCUGGCCGAGUACAUCCGGAGCCGGCAGGAGGAGCUGCAGGGACCUCCUCCAGAGACGGACAGCAGCUCUUACCUUGGGAUGAGGAAGCUCCUGCCCAGCGGGUUGAGUAAGCCGCCCCCUCUGCUGCCCACGCCGGGACGUCCUCCUCUGCUGGAACACCCUGGGCACCCUCAGGGAAAGCAAGCACCUCUCCUGCCCACACCAGCAGGUCCCUACCCCAAAACAAAGCCUCCCCCACUGCUGUCCAUGCAAGGGCGCCAGGGGCCCCCACAUGGCGCACCACUGCCGCCCCAGAAACGCCUCUUAAUGGGAGACAAGCCAGGUCUGCUGCCCAUCCCAGGGGGCCCAUCGAGACCAAACAUGCCAAGGCGCUAACUGAUGCCAGGAGGCUUCUGAAGGCGGAGAGCACCCUGCUCUGAACUGACCACUUGCCAACCUUCUUCAGUGUUCUGUUUAAGACUGGGACAGCCUGUGCGUCUUGCUCUCUCCUGCCUUUAUAAACCGUUUGUGUCUGGAACACCCCACCUGUCUCUCUGUCUGAAGAGCUGCAUGAGGAAACAAAGGCCCAAUUCCAGUUUGGACCACAGAGUAGAGCACCGACGGAGAAGGAUUCCUCAUUGCAUCCUGUAUCCAUUGUUAAGGGAAAAGCCCUAAAUGGAAAAAGGAAAAGAAAAUUUGCUCAAUCUAUUGUCUGUGACAUGGAUGCAAGAUUGAAAUUUCAGUGUGCCGCUGCUCAAAUCCCUUUUGAACUGUUAGAUUGGUCCAGGGACACUCCCACGGGUCCUGAGAGCUCCCUGAUUCUUUUUUCACUCCCCUGUAGAUGAAAAUGGCACAUUCAUGGGGCACGUUCAGCCCCUAGCCUGCUCAUGUCUAGAGUGUCUUGAAAUGCUCUUGUACAGCCAGUAAGGUAGAUAAGGCCCUGUGCUUUAAUUUGUUGUGUUUACACAGAAUACCUGGUGCUGUUGUGUUCUGAAAAUAGGAGACAUUUUUUUAGGUUUUGUAAAUUGACAACAGUAGCUCAGCAGGUGUAGCAGUGUUUAAAUUAGCCAUGACACUGGGAGCACUGGUAGGAGUACUGUUCGGUUUUGUUUAUUGUAUUAAAUCCAUAAAAUGUGCCAAGCUCAUUUCUGAUUUGACUUCUGCAGCAGUGGUGUUCUUUUAUGGCAUAUUGGUGUUAUUAAGGCCAGGCCAGGGUGUGUAAAGCUUAGUUUUAGUAGUUGCACCUUUCACAUUCACUGUACUAACAGUACAUCUUAUCAGCUUCCUGCUAGGAGACAAUUUAGGUAUUGUUUUGACAGCUUUAGGUGACUUGUCUUUCAGGUACCUCAUUUGAACAUUUAAAAUGUUUUGAAAGUAGGAAAAUCCAUUUGUAUUGGUUUUUUUUUGUUGGUUAAUUUCAGUAUGUCCCUUGUCCUUUCUGUCCGAUCCUGUUUCAGGAGUGUGCAGGACAGAUAUGCAUUCUGUAACAGUGACUAACUGUGAUUCAGGACUGCAGGUCUUGCACACUGCCUCGAUACACAUUAUUAUGAAGCUCACCUUUAGGUGACUAUCCAAGACCACCUUUAUAUUUCUAUAUAAGUGCUGUUUUUUAUUUUUUUAAUCAUAUUUACUUAAUUUUGCUUUUUUGAAAAAACACAUCAUUCCCAGCUUAGUAUAACACUGUAAGUUGCUAAUAUGUUGAAAUGUCGUGUGCCAUUGCAGUGCGCUUCUGUAGCCUGGCUAUAAACUAUAGGCUAGGCUUUAUACCAUCAAGCAUAUUACCAGCAUGUGGUCUAAAAAUACUUUGUCUGAGCUAAAUAAAUGUUUGAUUCCAUACAUUACUACUCAAUUUUUAAUUUAUUUUUUAAAAUAACACCUUUAAAUGGAAAGAUGGGUGGAGUAUGUUGUCCCAAUUCCUCUGUCCAAAUUUGUUUUGAAGAGUUGAACCAAAUCGUAGCCUACACAAUAUUCCCACAAGGUGGCGCUAGUGACUCAGAGACGAGUUUUGGAAUGACUGCGUCUCUUCCUUAUGGUGAGGUGCAAACUGAGACUGCUUUGUUUCUUAAUUUCUACUGUUUAUUUAGCCUAGUAUUCACAUCUUUAUUUUCCACCUUUAAUCAUGUCAGAUAUACUGUGUGUAUAUUUAGACUGUAUUUGCAUAGUCCUAAAAAUGGUACAGUAUUUUGAUGUUAUGGCUAAUUUGGCUAUUUUUAUCAAAAGUAUUAUGCAUGAAAUAAUUCACGUAACUAAUUGUAUUAAAAAACAGUUAUCCAGACUUUCUAAAUAUUUUUCUAUUGUUACAAAAAAACAAUGCAACAGAAAUCUGAAUAUUGGAGACAUACCUGUAGUUCUUGAACUCGAAUUCACACUUGUCUCUUCGGCCUUCAAAUCUUGUUUUUGUGUCUCUUGAAGAUUGUUUUUAUAAACGCAAAACAAAACUAGAAUAUUGCUUUUUCCUCCCAAAAAUGUAUUAUAUACCAAUCUUUGUCGUUUAAAGGAUAUUAAAAUCUUUACAGCUUGCUGAAGGAUUCAUGUGCAGUGUCAUGGGAUUGCUCUACUAGAUUUACUAUUCAUUAGAAUUGCUUUUUGCUGACAUGACAUGCAAAUAAAAAUGACAUAAUCCCUUUUGCAGUGUAGAAUACGAACCCACUGGUGCAUUCCUCUGCGUAAAGAUUGUUUUUGUAUUCCCCUUUUAUUAACUCAUGAUAAAAAACAAUUCCAAACGAGAACCUAAUUUCAUGCGUUUUAUCAAAUGGUAGAAGAGUAACUUAAGUUUAAGAGACAAACUUAUUUAACCAUGGGUCAAUAAAGAUCUUUGUGAAUAGCUUCA